UUCGCAAUCUCGAAAAUGGCGACCCAGAUGAGCAAGAAGCGAAAGUUCGUCGCUGACGGUGUUUUCUUCGCCGAGCUCAACGAGCUUCUGAUGAGGGAGCUUGCUGAGGACGGCUACUCCGGCGCUGAGGUUAGGGUUACGCCGAUGCGCACUGAGAUCAUAAUCAGGGCGACUCGGACUCAAAACGUGCUCGGAGAGAAGGGAAGGAGGAUUAGGGAGCUGACCUCAGUUGUGCAGAAGAGGUUUAAGUUCCAGGAGAAAGGUGUGGAGCUUUAUGCUGAGAAGGUAGCCAACAGAGGGCUCUGCUCUACUGCCCAGGCUGAGUCUCUUCGCUACAAGCUUCUCGGAGGCCUACCGGUUCGCAGGGCCUGCUAUGGUGUUUUGAGAUUUGUCAUGGAAAGUGGUGCAAAGGGUUGUGAGGUGAUUGUUAGUGGAAAGCUGAGGGCACAGAGAGCCAAGUCCAUGAAGUUCAAGGAUGGAUACAUGAUUUCUUCUGGUCAGCUAGUCAAUGAGUACAUUGACGCAGCUGUGAGACAUGUUCUCCUUAGACAGGGUGUUCUUGGUAUUAAGGUCAAGAUCAUUCUCGACUGGGAUCCCAAGGGCAAGCAAGGACCCAUGACUCUUUUACCUGAUCUUGUUACUAAAAGAAUUAUAAUUGUGACUGAAUUGUAUUCCUUCUAUUGA